CGUUAAAGAUGAUGUCCACAGGUCAUGUUGUGUCUUCUCCAAUCACAAAUGGAUCAAACAAAGGACAGAUUCAACUCAUUUUUGGACCCAUGUUCUCUGGGAAAACUACAGAAUUAAUGCGUAGAAUGAAGCGCUAUCAGAUUGCCAGCUACAAAUGCCUCGUAAUCAAGUAUUCCAAGGAUGACAGAUAUGAAAAAGAGGGAAUUUCUACUCAUGACAGACAAACACUUCCUGCGAUUCCAGCAGAUGUACUGGAACAAAUAAAAGCAGAGGCAGAAAACUAUGAAGUCAUCGGAAUAGAUGAGGGGCAAUUUUUUCCUGAUGUUGUGGAGUUUUGUGAUGAAAUGGCAGAGUGUGGUAAAACAGUCAUUGUAGCAGCAUUAGAUGGAACAUUUCAGAAAAAGGGAUUUGGAAACAUUUUGAACCUGGUACCUCUGGCUGAGAGUGUGAUCAAACUAACAGCUGUGUGUAUGAGGUGUAACAGUGAGGGGUCAUUCACCAAGCGCACGGGGUCAGAAACUGCUCUUGCUAAUUUACAGGUGGAGGUUAUUGGUGGAGCCGAGAUGUAUCUGGCCGUGUGUCGUAUGUGUUUUAAAUCCCCCGUCAAACCCUCCCCAAACAAGAACAGAACCCCCACCAUCCUACCCACGGAGAAGGAAGAGAAAACCAUUGCCAACAGGAAACUCUUUAGUAGCUCACCUAAUAACUCUCCUAUAAAAAAUAAAUGUUGAAGUAGUUUUUCCAUCAUCAUCGUAUGAUAGAUGGAAUGCAUUAUGGCAUAAAAGAUUAAUUUAUUGUCUUUAAAUAAUGUGUCUGUGUAUUAAAAUACAUGCAUAUAUUAGAAAUCCAUGAAGUAUUGAAUCAUACAUGUUAAUGUAAACGGGUAUGUUACUUUGAAAAAAUUUGAUAAUUAGUAAGAUGUGUCAUAAUUUGAGUAUCUACCGGUUCCAAUAAAAUUAGUAAUUCAUAAGACUUUACAUCAAAUGUGUGAGAAAUGAAAACAUACAGAUUUACCAUAUUGGUUGUUUGCAUUAUCAAAAGAUUGUUAUUUUCAGUGUGUUCAUUUUUACUCCUCUGUGUUUUGCAAUGAUAUGAUAUUAAUUAUGUAUUAAUGUUUUUUAUGAAUUUGGACUUUACUUGUACAUAAAUUUUUUAAAAGCUGUAGCAUAGUGCUGAUAGUACCGGUAUAUGUUUUAGUAUAAGUACUCUUAGAAUGUAUUUUAGAAUGCUUGUUUCAUGAAUUGCAAAUGAUCUCACUUUUAAUAUCUGGAGAUUUUUACUAUAAGAAAAACUCAUGCCAUGCCAAAAAAAACCAUAUAUUUAUAAUCUGAAAUAAAUUAAGAAAAAAAUC